AUGCCGCGAACCCCCGCGCCCUGCAGGCACGAGCGACCGAAUACGAGGGGAUCCAACGACAGCGACAGACGCUACGAGCUACCGAACAUCGGGGGGAAGUCACCGCGAAAGCUAGCCGCACAGCUGCAACCGCGUAUAACCCCCGCGAUCACUGUUGGCGAUGCCGACAACGCGGGCAUACCCGCUUCGAGUGCCGACGACCGCCCGUUCGAUUCUGCUCACAAUGUGGAAAAGAGGGGGUAUUUACCCGCGAUUGCCACCCGCUGGGAAACGCCAACAGGAUCGAGAAUAUCGCGGCCGCGUCUCGAUCCCAAUAAAUUACACUCCGCGGCCGCACCUGACCGUAUACGUGCACGAUCGACCGAUCAAGGCGAUGAUCGAUACCGGAUCCGAGUUAUCGUUUAUCGAUCAAAAGACCGUGCGUUCUCUAGAACAACUCCGCUUCAUGCCGACUGCCGAGCACGGUCAGGUGCGACUCGCGGACGGGACGCAGCCAUGAUCAUCGGAAUGGACGUAUGGGCGGGAUCGGAAAUUGUCUUGCGACCACCGCCGCCGUACUCACAUACCUACGGAACAACGCCGACCAAGCAGAGUUGUCCGAUCUCGGAGGACGAACAACUCCGAGUGUUCCUCGAGGAGGAAGUAGGUAAAUUCGACCACGUCAGGGGACCAACCGAGUUAAUUGAGCACCGCGUUAAGCUCGUCGAUCCCGCGCCGAUUAAGCAAAGAUACCGACCGCGGAAUCCGGCAAUGCAAGCGAUCAUUGACGCGGAGGUCGAUCAAAUGCUGCAGGACGGCAUAAUUGAGCCAUCAACCAGCGCGUGGAGCUCUCCGAUCGUGGUGGUCCGAAAAAAAGACGGAAAAAACCGAUUCUGCAUCGAUUUCCCUCAAGUAAAUUCCGUCACCGAGCGUGACGCAUAUCCGUUGCCACAAAUUUCCGCCACGCUGGACAAACUGCGCGGAGCGAGAUACCUGUCUACCAUCGACCUGAAGAACGGUUAUUGGCAGGUACCCCUCGCUGCCAGCAGCAGACCGAUCACCGCAUUCACCGUACCAGGCCAAGGGCUAAUGCAUUUUCGGGUCAUGCCUUUCGGCCUGCAUUCCGCUCCGGCAACGUUCCAGCGAUUGCUCGAUCGCGUAAUCGGGCCCGAAUUAGAGCCCCACGCGUUUGCUUAUCUGGACGACAUUAUCGUUGCCAGCCGGACAUUUGCCGAAUACCUGCAGCAUCUGCGCGAAGUCUUCCGCCGACUACGGGCAGCCCGACUCCGCAUAAAUCGCGAUAAGUGCCGAUUCUGCGUACCAGAGUUACGAUAUCUCGGACAUAUCGUGAAUCGCGACGGAAUAAAAACCGACCCCGAGAAAACAACCGCGAUCGCCGACUGGCCUACUCCACAGACCGUAAAGCACAUCCGACAAUUUCUCGGGGUGGCCUCCUGGUACCGACGGUUUAUCAAGAAUUUUGCCACCGUCGCCGCACCGCUAACUACGCUGACACGGAAAAACACGCGAUGGAAAUGGGGGGAGGAGGAACAAGGCGCCUUUGACGCGCUGAAAAAUAAUUUAACGACCGCCCCAGUGCUGGCCUGCCCCGAUUUCGAACGGCCGUUUACUCUGCAAACCGAUGCGAGUACCAUCGGCCUCGGGGUCGUACUCACGCAGUAUUUUCCGGAGGGGGAACGCGUCAUCGCAUACGCGAGUCGGACACUGAACGGCGCCGAAAAAAAUUAUAGCGCGACCGAACUAGAGUGCCUCGCCGUCGUCUGGGGAAUUCGGAAAAUGCGCGGAUAUCUGGAGGGCUACCGCUUCACGGUAAUCACCGACCAUCAAGCAUUAAAAUGGUUGCAGCAACUUGAAUCACCGUCCGGCCGACUGGGACGGUGGAUGUUCGAACUGCAACAAUACGCGUUCGAAAUACGAUACCGGAAAGGCGCGUUGAACCGGGUGGCCGACGCGUUAUCUCGGCAACCCGCCGUCUCCGCCAUAUCACAUCCCCGCUGCCAAUGGUACCGCCGCACAUGGGACAGAUUCGCUUUCAACACUGCAUCAAACGACGCCACCGGGUACUCGCCGGCCUACCUGAAUCUCGGUCGGGAGCCAUGCUCGGUUGUAAGAAGUAACGAAGCCACCGUCGGUCCCAGCAAACCCGACGCCUUAAGACAAAGACUCGAAGACGCGUAUGAGCUCGUCCGCGUCAACCUAGCGCGAGCCUUCCAGCAACAGGCACGAAAUUAUGACUUAAGGCGACGGGACUGGCAACCAAAGCUCGGAGAGUGGGUGUGGAAGCGCGAUCACCCCCUCUCCAGCAAGAGCGAUGCGUUUAACGCGAAACUCGCGCCCCGAUACAUCGGGCCCCUGGAGGUGAAGGCAGCCAUUUCCCCCGUAAUCUACGAUUUACGGAGUAAACGUGGGAAAUGGCAUCGACACGUUCACCUCCAGGAUUUAAAACUGUCGCCCGGCAAGACCGAAGCCGACAGCGCCGCCGAAAUAGCGAACGACGACGCCGACAACGAACCGACCGAUGCCGACAACCGACCGACCGACGCCGAUCGUCACCACCAACGACGAGCCCCCGGCAAUCGCAACAAAAAGAAGGGGCAAACCGCGGGAUGUCGACAACAAAACACAACAACGAGGCCCCGGACGACCGCGGAAAAAUUUCAAGCCGGAUUAAAAAUAAAUAACGGCUGA